UACUCACAUACUUAGGAUUACAGAGCUGAAGCUCGGCCUGAGAUCAUUAUUUUCCUACACUGCCUGCUGCAACAUCUGAGCUCCCCAAACAUGUCUGCAAUCAUUUUAAUUUUACAGCUCAUAUUGGCUGUUAUAAUGCUUCCUCUCUACAUACUUUACUACCUUGGAAUCUGGGGUUUGGUAUUAAAGAAAAUAUUUCCCUUUUUUAUGGCCAAACUCACUGUAACAUAUAACAAGGUGAUGGAAGAGAAGAAAAGGAACCUAUUCAGCAACAUGUCUGACUUUGCAGGCACAUCUAAAGAGCUCAGGCUUCUAGAGAUUGGUUGUGGCACAGGUGCCAACUUCAAAUUCUACCCCAUCGGAUGCAGGGUGACCUGCCUGGAUAUAAACCCAAAUUUCCAAAAAUUUCUCAACAAAAGCCAAGCAGAAAGUGACCACCUUAAAUUUGAUAACUUUCUAGUUGCAUCAGCGGAAAACAUGACGCCCGUGGCUGACGCUUCUAUGGAUGUGGUUGUAUGUACCCUGUUGACUUGUUCUGUGCCAAACACGCCAGGAAUACUGAAGGAGGUGAAAAGGGUCCUUAGGCCGGGUGGAGCUUUCUACUUUCUUGAACAUGUGGCCUCAACAGACGAGUCCGGCUGGAUAAGUUUUUUUCAGAAGGUCCUGAAUCCUACCUGGAAGCUGAUUUUUGAUGGCUGCAGCAUACGAAGGACCACAUGGAAGGACCUGGAAGAUGCCAAAUUCUCAGAGUUGAACCUGCGCCAUAUAUAUGCACCUACGCCUAUGAAACUUAUUAACCCUCAUAUUAUUGGAUACGCUGUCAAAUAAAUUCAUAAACUGCACAUUGUAAUGGAGUAUUAGGCAGGUUCUCCUAUUUGUAAAA